UUUAUUUCUAGCAUUAUUCUUUCAAGCAUUUAAAGUCUUUUUGUCCACUAAAUGUUAAUGUCUUCUUUUGGUAAUCUUUUAAAUGUCAGGAGCUCCCAUUAUUUAAUUACUAGUACUAAAUAAUAAAGGUCUAGAAACAUGCCACCACACUGUCUUAUCAGGAAGAUCUCCCUACAUCGACAAAAUCCAAGUUUAUUUGUGAUUCACCUUUUAAUACUGCCAAAGCAAAUAGAUCUGUAAGUGUUUGCCUGUAAUUCUUUCAGCCUGUACUGUUGCUGAUAGUGUUUUUUUUUUUUUUUAUUCCUUUAAGGGACGUUAAUUGCACAUUUUAAACAUACACUAUUUACACCAUAUGUGCAGACUUUGAUGUACAUGUUAGGAACUGUUUUGUCACAUGUUUCGUCUUUUCAGGUUGUAAAAGGGACACGUGCACACCAUAAGACAAAUUGUGUUUAUAUGCCCAAUUUAAUUACCCUUACACCCUUAUUAUGGCUUGUAACAUAAAACAGCCAUGGCCAAGUACGACUUCAGAGCAAGGAGAGCAAAUUUUAAAGCUAGCCUCUUUUUUUUUUUUUUUUUAAUUUGUUGUUUUUCUCUUCCCUCUAGCGAACAUCUCUGCCCACACACACACAAACGCACACUCUACUGACUCACACAUAAGAGCUCCCCUCGGGACACGUGCCAGCCAGUCAGCCUUCUCGCUCAGGCAGGAACAAGCACUCCUGUAUGAUGAGGAACAGCUGCUCUUCCUCGCCUGCUCACAGGUGGCUGUGGGCUCACUACUCUCUAUCCAUUAAGGACACAAGUGGCACUUUUCCCCCUUUUCUUAUUCUUUUUCUCUUGAAGGCUAGAUCACAGCUGCUAAUAAUAAGCUCACAUUGCAUUGUAUCUAAGAACAACAUGACACAGUGAGUCAGAGUACAGACUGUAACCAGCCUCCCAACAGUGGCAUUUCCCAAUGUCCUGCAUUUUUGAGAGAUUGGUGAUAACAAGUGGAACAGGACAUAACUGGUAAUGUAGUGUCGGGUGAUGACAUAGAUAUAAUAUGAUUUUGCCUUUAUGCCAGUAUGUCCUCUGCGCUCCAAUUGAGCAAUUUGAUACACACAGUGAGUCAUAGUUCACUGUGUUCCUUCAGGUAAAGUCCAACAUAACUUUGUGCUUGUGACUUUCAAUUAUUAAGUAAUUAAAUGAUUAGGCUCUGUGAUUAUCUUGAAUAUGAUACAAGAAAAUUCCAAAAUUAUAUUCUUAGACCUUCAUUAAAUCCUGUACAGGAUCUCAUAACUACUACCUUUGUAAUAUGUAUGUUAAUGUUGUUGAUACUGUGCCAAGAGGUUAAGUCAACUCAUUGUAAUUUGUGUUUUUGAUGCUGCCAUUGAUUGCAUUAUAUUUUAUUUAUAAAAACAACAAAAUAUUAGUAUCUUCCAUUUGUUGUACCACCUCUCUUUAAAAUGUAUCACAGAAUUUGAAUUGCACACACAGCCAGUUAAAGAUCCCCUACACGUACUGCUGUAUUGCAGUAAAUUCAGGUGUCUCUCUUUUUUGUGUCACUCGGUGUGUAUCUGAGAACUAGGCCAUGGCAGUGUAAACAUCUGGUUCAGUCCACUGCUUGCUGCCUGUUGAGAGCCAUGGCAGAUGGAAAGGGAGCGUAGGGCUCAAACACUUCCAUCUUUGACUGUACCGGCAGUUGUCUUCCCAAAAUAGCCCUCUACUCCCCGGCCUUAUAUGUGCAGGCCUCCAGCGUGUGCCUGAGGAGGCAUCAUGUAUCUAGGCCACACAAUACGGGCUGCAGGCUCAUUGUUGCUGCUUACCAGCAGGCCUAUCACCGCCCCGGGGACGAGGCCUCUCUCUCUCUGUCUCGGGACAGCUCACCAUGCAUCUCACCCAGCUCAACCACGAAUGUCUCCUUCACCUUUUCUCCUUCUUGGACAAGGACAGUCGGAGGAGUUUGUCCCUUACCUGUCAUCAGCUGCGCGAGGUCUUCCUGGACCCCCGCCUCUGGAAUCUACUCCACUUCAGCUCCCCGUGUCAGCUGAGGAGAGACAACUUUGUGCUGGGACCCUCAUUGCGGUACUUGACUAUUUGCUGGUACUCUAGCAGGGUCCUACAAGUGUGCAACAUUGAGGACUGGUUGAAGAGCUCGUUCCAGAAGGACAUCUGCAGUAAACAUGAAAGCCUGGUCAGCACUUUCCUGACUCAUGUCUGCCACAUGUGUCCCAACCUGCUCUCUCUAACCCUGUCUGGCUGUGGACACAUCACUGACCAGGACGUAAUCUCCAUGCUGCAGAGCUGCAGGAAGCUGCGCUGCCUCCAGCUGGAGAACUGCGUCCGCAUCACCGACCGCAGCCUGGAGGGCGUGGCAGCUCAUGGAGACAGUCUGGAGGAGGUAAAGGUGGACUUCUGCAGGAACAUCACUCAGGCGGGGCUCCAGGCUGUCAAAGAGAGGAGACCCAGCAUCCACCUGAGUGCAGAGAGGAGUGCUGAUAUGAUCCCAGACAGCAAGCCUGAGGAGAGUGUACCACUCAGGAGAACGCUGCAGAAGGUCCUGCUGUUCUCCUGAUGGGAAUACUUUGACAUUCCUUUCCCAUGGACCACAAGGAAGAGUAACUUUUGGACUUACCAUUUGAGGACUUUGAUGUGAUGCAUUUGUUCUGAUUUGUAGUUGUAUUUAAUAGAAGAGUUUCUGCACCAUUUUUUAUAAUUCGUAUGCAACAUGAGUCUUUCUUAUUUCUUAAGCUGUCUAUAUUCCAUGUUAUCCUAACCAUAGAGAACUCCAGACACACUCACAAUAAAAUCUUAUAGUGUAUAAAGGUGGCCUUAUCAGUAAUUCUUAAUCAAUAAACAAAAACAUUAUGCAAUUAUAUGAUUCCAUUCUGAAAGGUCCAUGUGUAACAUUUAGGACACUCUGUUGGUAGAAAAAUAAUAUAAUAUUCAUUGGUAUAUUUUCAUGUUCAUGUCAUGUAUCUGUGUUUCAUGUAUUUUCAUGUACAGUAUAUAAUCACCUCAAAGUUUUAUUGGGUUUCUUUUUUUUUGUUUAUCUACAGAGGUUAGCCAGUUAGAUUAGCUUAGGGGAAAACAGCUAGCCUGGUUCAGGGCUCAUCAAAAUCCACCUACCAGCACUUCUACAGCUCACUAAUUAAUAUAUAUGUUAAUGUCAUUUGUUUAUGUGUACAAAAACUGAAGUGAAAAACAACAAUUUAAUAGACACUCAAAAAGGUGCGUGGUUGCAUUGUGUCCUCUGUCUCUGUUAUGGUAAAACAUGUCAGGAAGGAAGGGAUCUCUGAGGGCAAAGUGUGCCUGAGCUCUGAUUGGAAUCAUGUUAUAUAAGCCUGUGAGACAUAUGAAACAAGGUUGAUUAAGGGGGUGUGUCUAUUUGUAAAUGCCACGUGACAAAUUCAUUGCAGGCUUCUGCUGUAGAGUGCUACCCAUCCUCUGACUGCAUCUCUGAAGAAUAUAUUUUCACACAAGGUCCACAUAAUAAAGAACAUGCUUUUUUCAAUCUUA